UAUUUUCUGCCCGGAGAAUCGUUCAAGAGCUGGAGCAAUUAUGGAAAAGCUCUUUACCAAACACCCCGACGUUUCAAAGACCGUGCGCUUUCAAGGGCUGACGAGAUGAAAGAGGUGGGAGAGAUCAGAAAGAGGAGUGGGAAUGAUAUGAAGAGGACCCUCAACUGGUGGGAUUUAAUCUGGUUUGGAUUCGGUGGGGUGAUCGGAACAGGGAUUUUUGUGCUCACUGGACAAGAAGCCCACAAGGACGCAGGCCCUGCUAUUGUUCUUUCCUAUGCUCUCUAGGGAUUCUCUGUCAUGCUUUCUGUCUUUUGUUUCACCGAAUUCGCAGUCGAGAUUCCUGUAGCAGGCGGUUCUUUUGCAUACUUCCGGGUGGAGUUGGGAGACUUGGCAGCCUUCAUAGCCGCAGGAAACAUAAUCUUCGAAUCCGUGUUUGGCGGAGCCAUGGUGGCUCGAUCUUGGACCUCUUAUUUUGCCACUCUACUCAACCACUCCCCAGAUGACUUUUGCGUCCACACAAACCUUCCCUCAGAUUUCAACCUUCUGGACCCCAUUGCCGUCGUGGUAAUCCUUUUGGCCUCUCUCACCCAUCACUUAUCAACACGACUAACCUCCCAACUCAACUGGAUCUCAACUGCUCUCAACACCAUCAUCAUCCUCUUCAUCAUCACCGCCGGCUUCAUCAAAGGUAACCCAUCUAAUCUAAGCCCUUUCCUUCCGUACGCCGUCAUGGGCGUCUUCCGAGCCACAGUAGUAAUUUACUUCGCUUACGGAGGCUUCGAUGUCAUCACCACCAUGGCGGAAGAGACGAAAAACCCGUCUAAAGACAUUCCCCUGGGCUUGCUCGGCUCCAUGUCGGGUGUAACCGUGAUAUACUGUCUCAUGGCACUGGCUCUCGUUCUCAUGCAGAGCUACACUGUACUGGAUGUUAAUGCCGCCUAUUCUUUAGCAUUUCAAAGCAUCGGAUGGAAAUGGGCGAAAUAUGUUGUGGCACUGGGAUCUCUGAAAGGAAUAACCACUGUUUUAUUGGUGGGCGCAGUUAAACGGGGAAGGUAUUUAACACAUAUUGCCCGAACCCACGUGAUUCCGCCUUGGUUUGGCUUAGUGAGCAUGAAGACCGGGACACCUGUUAACGGAACGGCAUUCAUGGCAAUCGCCUCCGCAUCGUUGGCCUUCUUUUCAAGGCUGGAUGUGCUGUCUAAACUUCGCGCUAUCAGCGUUUUGUUCAUAUACACGCUCUUGUUUGUUGCUCUGCUUGUGAGAAGACACUAUCUUACCGGGAAAACUUCUGCAAGUCAAGCUUUUCUUUUGACAACGUUCAUUGUUGUCAUUAUAUGCUCGUCCAUAGGGACUUCGGCAUACUGGGGUCUGUCCAGCGGAUCAAUUGGGUAUUGCAUUAUGGUUCCUAUUUGGUUUUUGGCCACUGCGGGUUUGGCUGUGUUUGUUCCGCAGUGUAGAGAGGCCAAAGUGUGGGGAGCGCCAAUGGUUCCGUGGGUUCCUUCCUUGUCCAUUUUUAUCAACGUGUUUCUGAUGGGAUCAGUGGAUUAUGAGUCGUUCAUCAGAUUUGGGGUUUGCACUAUUGUGAUGUUGGUCUAUUAUGCCUUCUUUGGACUCCACGCCUCGUUCGAUGCGGUUUACUGUGUUGGUGACAACUAAAUGUAUUAUAUUUCAGCUUUGUUCAAUAAACUAAUUAAAUCUAAAGGAAAUGAAUUACAUUAGGAUUGGCGUUUUAUCAAUUGAAAAAAUUAUAAAAGAUCAUAAUGAAAACACAGUCAAUCGAUCGUGAAGGAAACAACAGGACAAACAGAAAGGCACGUGAACUUGCAGCCUUACAAUCAGAGCAGAGAGAUUUAAUGUUUUCAUCAAACAUACAAACAUUACAAAAGCUUAAUGCAAUGAAUAUGGAUA